AACUACUUGUACUUWCCGUACGGAUUAUCAUUAUUAUUUGCCAUUAUCUUUGAAGGGAACGUCAUGAACUUCUUCAAACCGGACGACUUUUUGGUUGCACAUGCUAUUGAAUCAUUACCCCUUGCAUCUUCGUUUCCCUUCUCCAGAAAACUUGCAGGAACAGCAUGUGGAGAGCGAAUUUGCAGAUCGCGAUCAGAGGGUGGAGGACAGCAAGUGAAAAGAUGGCCUCGUUGAGCACAUCUACAGUAAUUGCAGCCAAAGAAAGUACGUCAUCGUAUCUCGUGAUUGGAAACGGACCCAUUGGAGCCUCCGUGGCAAAGCACUUGGUGGGAUUCUUUUCGGAAAAUAGGUGCAGUAGCGACACGGACUCAACGAACUCGAAACAGCAGCGUUCCUGCGACAACAAUCCAAUCGUCACGAUUAUUGAUGGAAGGCUCUCUGGAAUGGGUUCAAGCCAUGCUGAUCGAGCAAGAUUGAUCCGAGCGUUYGAUGCGGAGGGAGACAUCGAUUGGACCCGAUGGAACAAACGUUCGCUCAAAGCCUUUCCGGAAAUCGAACGGCUUUGGAACAAACCGACCUUCAACGGCGACAAUCUCGACGAGUAUAGAAGUACAUUUCUGCAUAAUAGGCAUGAAAAAAAGCAGUUCUUCGCGAAAUGUGGAGGCCUCUUGGUUGGCGACAAACAGUUUGUGGAACGAUCCAUGAGGGCAGCGCUAGUGCAAUCUACACCAUCUUCAACCGAACCRCUGAGGCGAAUGUCGCCCCRUCACUGUUGCCAAAAAUGGCCAUUUCUCAAACCAAAAGCAGGAUGCRAUGAAGCGGUGUUUGAUCCGUCGGGGGGRAUAAUCGACCCSCUUGCGUUUGUUCGGGCGCAGAACUACGUCACGGAGCACCUGCACGAUCAUCGAUGCCUCCAGGUUCGCCAGGGCAUUGCAACCGCGGUUCGCGGGGGUGGGGAGGUGGAACUGGCGUCGGGAGAGACCCUGAAGGCCAGCAAAAAGGUGAUCGUUUGCGGUGGYGCCUUUUCAAAGUCGYUGUUGACCUCGAGCGGAAUCCUCGGAGAAAGCAGCAGCGGAGACRGCAUCRAUCGCGUCGGCAGAUUGUCACUAAGGGAACGGCUCCGGGCCUCGAAACGGACGGUAGCCCUACUGGAAGUGACCCCCGAUGUAGCUCAAGGGAUACUCUSUGACAUGCCAACAAUAAAGUACGCCUUUGGUCUAGAGGGAAAUGAAGAUGAUGUCGGUAACGACGGUGGAAUUGGCAGAAGCUACAGCAGCGGCAUCACAACCAUUGCACAUGACCAGAACAAGGUUGAGGCCGGAAGCGUAUAUGUGCUGCCCCCCGUCGUUUAUCCAGAAAAAGGCGGGGGCUGGUUUGUAAAGAUUGGGGGUGGCCCCAACGAUUUCUUCGCUAACGACUCCCAAAACGAGGAAAUCCAGGAGUGGCUUUCCUCCGGGGGAGAUCCCGACUGUGUGGMAUGGCUGGAGGACCAUCUGCGGUCCCUCCUUCCAGAGGUGCCCCUCGGAGCCGCUCAUGGCAUGGCCUGUGUGACCACUGUGGAGUCACCAACGGGAUUUGCGGGCACCGGGGUCGUGGUSGAGGAUUCGUUCGACGAGAGCCUGGUGUUGGUUUCUGCCUGUCAGGGGAAGGGGGCUGGCCCGGCCGAUGCCGUSGGCUGGGAGAUCGCACGGCGCAUUGUCUCCCCUUCUUCGUCGAAGGAUUGAAUCAAUCCACACCAUCGUCAACUGAUACACCCGAGCGCGGCCAGGUCCGAUCUUGUAUCUUGUUUCUGGUGGAACCGUUUAAGUCUUGAUGCAUUCAACUCAUGCAAGAGGCAACAACGGAGUUCGGUGGUCGGAUUCGUUGUAGGACAAUCUCAACGGGGCUAGCUAAAUCAACAACCGAAGAAAUAUUCGAAGAAUAAACCACCAUGCUGUGUGCAAUAAAGAAUUAGCUAAGUA